UGGCACUGUCCCGCCGCCGCUAGCACGUUAUCCCAAGCACCCAGGACGGAACCCCUUUUCAUUCUGUCAACUGCCAACUGUUCUCGCAACAGGAGCAUAGACUCGUGCCAAACCGCACGGUGGCAUCGCAGUGUCGCGUUGUCGCGCGGGGAUUAUAAAAAAAGUAAAAUCAGCGUGCUCAGUUUGUUCGAUCGUACGGACUUUCGUAUCGAAAACAAAGCGGAAAAUAAAAAAAAAUAAAACUAAACCAAACAACCGCUACGGGCGGACUACAAGAGACGCGACCGAGUAGCGAGUAAAGUUUCGGUCAGUGCGGUCGGGAUGAAAACGGCGGGACGUUUGAAAAAGUUUUGACAAACUUUUUCGAAAGAGUGUGUAGCGGACGUAGGGAAAAGAAAAUAUUGAAAAAAGAAAAAAUAUUCAAAAAAAAUAGGAAAACUCCCGCCAAAGUACUUUUUUCGUUUUUUACCAAAAUUCUUUAACACCGUCCGAUCUACCGGAUGUUCGAAUUUCGAGGGUGGACAGGAAGCGCGUUUGGUAUUCACGAGGUACGGGGCGCGGAGGGGGUCGGAGAUUUUUUUCAUUAAGAUCUUUAAAUCGCCAUAGGUCGAUCGCACGUCCAGAUUCUCUAUCGCGUCUCGACGCUCCCUGACGGAAUUACAGCCAGAGAUGCCGGACGUUAUCGCGACGAUUCGUUAUCAGUGUCGAAGGUACAGAAGCACUUGAGAGGAACCGGAACUCGUGCGAGCGAAGCUUCGACUGGGGAUUGCGAGUGAGAUACUCGUCUCGUUAACGAGGGGGAGGGAGGGGGUGGUCGAGGAGAACUUGAGUCACAGUGUCACUUAGAGGCUUAUCGUGCAUCCUACUGCCCCCCUUGUCGGGAGGGGUGAGAAUGGAGGGGGGGGUGGCCCACGAGGAUAUAAUUAAGCUGAUUAGCGGAGCAAACGCAAGACGCAGAUAAAGGGGACAAAGGAGAAAGAAAAAAGAUGAUAAAGAACAGAGACGAAGAGAGAGAGAGAAUCCCAUGGUCUGAAUCCGACGAGUGUAUCUGCGACGCCAGUGGAUAAAGUGCGAGAGAGUAAGACGUACAAUAAUUCGCAGGACCGCGUGCAAUGUGAAAAAAAAAAAAAAAAAAAAAAAUUUUCGAUUUUGUCAUCUUCGACGGACCCUUUGCCAAGAAUUGAUCUGCGAUAUAAAAAAAAAAAGUGACGUCAUCAUCGCCCAGCGAGUCACGGUACCAGCGGGUGAGAGUGAAACGUGAAAAGCGAGGAAAAAAGAAAAUUUGCGAAAACCGAUUGCUCCCGUAAAAAAGAAAAAAAAAAAAAUUAUAAAAAAAAAAUUAUAAAAAAAAAACUACCCCUACAACAAAACAACCCUGUUGAACUCGUUACCCAGCGAAGUAAACGGAAACGACGUGGAUACGUAGUCGAGGCUUUCGAGAGCAAGAGGAGUGAAUAGCAGGAGGAAGCGUUAUCGGUCCAGAUUAAUAAGUGCGAAAUCGGUCGAUCGCGGCGAGUCGGAGAACUUGAUAGCGCACGAUACCGCCCGGCUACCCGAAAGAACAUAUAAACCGGUACCGCGUGCAAGGGUAGUCAGUUCCAAGUACCGUAAUACAUAAACGAGGGGUAGACGAAUGUCUACUUGGUACACGAAUGUCAAGCGAGCGAUGAACACUCGGAGGACGACCGGUGACAAGUGGUACGUCCCUGGAUCAGGUGGACCAGCAGCAUCCUUCGGUACUGUAAGACCAGCCCUGUCAAGAAUGUCAUCCCUCUUCGUAGUCCUGCAGGUCAUUCUCUUCCACGUUAAUUUGCCAGCAGGGGACGCUCUCAAAUUCCUGGGAAUCGAGGUACCUCUCGUAGCUGAUCCACGCGCCGACAAAGUCACACUGAGAUGCGAGUACGACCUGGAGGAUGCUGAACUCUACUCCGUCAAGUGGUACAAGGACGGCAAAGAGUUCUUCAUGUACAUGCCAGGAUCAUCACCACCUGGUUGUGACUUUCAAGUCGAAGGCAUCAAGGUGGACGUGAAGCGCAGCGACAGCUAUCAAUUGGUUCUGUUGGGAUCGUCUGAUCUUUAUGGUCAACAAUUUAGCCUGGCUGGUGCUUAUGGGUGCGAAGUAUCAACCGAGGGCCCUAAUUUUUUAACGGCCUACAGGGAAGCCAACAUGAGCGUGGCGGUGCUCCCAAAGAAACCACCCGUGCUCGAGGGUGUAAGGCCAAACUACGAGGUCGGUGAACUCCUCGAGGCGGAGUGUACCUCUGCUCCGAGUUACCCUCUCGCAGAGUUGGCAUUUCUUUUGAACGACCGUCAGGUGAGUUCCAGCCUUACGAGGAACCUUCCUGACCUGCGUCCCGAGGGAAUUCUAGUCUCCACCACUCGACUGGGACUGUCCCUACGUCUGGAGCGUCAUCAUUUUCCUGGCGGCAGUUUCACUCUGACCUGCAGGGCCGUUCUGCCUGGUAUAAGCGUAGCUCGUGCUCUCUCGACGGACGUCAGCGCCACUCUGUCAGCCAGCAAUCAGAGGCUUGCUCAGGAACCACCAAGAUCCGGAUCGGCUGUCCUUGCUUGCACCAUUCAGCUGUUGGAAAUAUUUUUUUAUUAUCUGAUAAUCGCGUAAAUACCAAUUAUUUACACGUCACGUAUAUCAACGGUUGACAAGAAAGCAAUACCAUAUAAAAUUUAAGUUCUGUGCUCAUACAGCCUUGUACAUAGUGUAUCAUUCGAGUAGAAUUGUGACUACCAAAUAAACGUGAAUCUCUCUCUGUA